GGACCAGAAAGAUAGAGAGCCACCCCUUGUAACUGGCAGUUACUUUCCUGGCAGGACUGCAUUGGUAGACCUCCCUUCCUUCCCACUUCCUCUUUCCCCCCCUUCCCAAUCUUGGUCGCUUUUCUGACCUACAAUUUGGCCUUCCAUAGUAAGAGGUCAGUUUGUUUUCCACACUUGGGAAAUUUCAUUCAAGAAUUUUUGUCAAUGGACAAGUCAUAAGAAUCCCUUCCAUUUUAGGGCUCAUUGACGUCACCAAGGAGGCGAUAAAUAUCUGUUGAUAUAAUUGGAUGUGAGAUUCAGUGUUGAAAUAGCAAAACUCUGUCCCUCGCUCCUUGGCAGGGCCCUAUGAUUUAUGCAGGAGCAGAGGCAGCACGCAAUCGAGCUGUCAAGAGAGCGUCAGCUUAUUAGGCAAAUGCUGCGUGCUUUCUGAAGAGGGUCGACGCUAUAAAAUCCCACUCCAAGCUCUUGUGUGGAGAAAACUCGGAGCCCAAGUACAUUGAAGAGAAAGAGAAGAGACAAAGAAAAAAAGAAAGUAGCAAUAGAAAGGAGAAGAGAAGAAAACCGCCAGAAAAAGCCCUGAGACGUCCCUCUGCAGAGAGGCAGCAGCGCCGGGCUCACCUUAGAACUCCAGGAAAGCGAGCGUCCCUAACAUGCGGCUGCCGCUGCUCUUGUCUGCGGGCGUCCUGCUGGUGGCUCUCCUGCCCUGCCCACCAUGCAGGGCCCUCCUAAAUCGUGGGCAGGUCCCGGGAGCCCGGCAAGCAGCGCAAUCCCCCCAGUCCCUGGAUUUCUUCCAGCCCCCGCCGCAGCCCGAGCAGCCCCAGCAGCCGCAGCCUCGGCCCGUUCUGCUCCGCAUGGGAGAGGAAUACUUCCUUCGCCUGGGGAACCUCAACAAGAGCCCGGCUGCUCGGCUCUUGCCCGACUCCUUGUCCCUUGCCGGUGACAGUGGCAGCCGCCCCUUGCGGGACCAGGCAGCCACCAACUUUUUCCGCGUGUUGCUGCAGCAGCUGCAGCUGCCUCGGCGCUCUUUUGACAGCCCCGCGGGUCCGGCGGAGCGCAGCUGGGAGAACGCCCUCACCCGCCACCAGGAGGCACUGGAGAGGGAGCGGCGGUCCGAGGAGCCUCCUAUCUCCCUGGAUCUCACCUUUCACCUUCUCCGGGAAGUCUUGGAAAUGGCCAGGGCCGAGCAGUUAGCGCAGCAAGCUCACAGCAACAGGAAACUGAUGGAGAUUAUUGGGAAAUGAAAUGAUGCGUCUGACCAAAAAUAUUCUGCAUUUAGCACAAAAAAAGUUAAAAAAAAUUAAGAAUACAGUAUUCUGUACCACAGUGCUGCUCUGAUAUCAUUUGUUUAUUUUUAUAUAGCUUGCAACAUAGAUGUACAGGGACAGAGCCUAUAUCCCUUAAUUAGCAUGCACAAAGUGUAUUCACGUGCAGUAACAACGCAAUGUUAUUUGUAUUGUCCACUUUUAGUUUCCGUGUCCAGUGUCUUUAUAGUAGUGUUUCAAAGAAAAUGUAAACCCAGGAGGAAGCACUUUGAAAAAGCAGAUGGAAGCCACCCAGUUGCUUUUGUAGUGGUCAGAGCCAAAGAGAAUUUUGCUCUCUUGAGUGGGUGGGUAAGGUGAAAUGUGAAUCAAUAUUUUCUUGUAAACAUCUCAGUAAUAAAACAUCCUUCCAAUCCUCGGUCAAUUGAUUGUGUAAGAGAAUGUUUAAUAUUUAUAUUUUUAAUAAAAGCUGCAAUGGUU